CUCAAUUGGUGCAACGCUGUGAAUAUAUUUAUGUAUUUAUAUGCAAACCACUUCACUAUCACCCUCACCAUCAUAUUGCCUCAACUUGAUAUGGGGUGGAGCUAUAUUUCUGACAGUUAUCCAAGUGCAAUGGUUUAAAACGUUACAUAAAUGUAGUAAAUGACAUUUACUGUGACUGUGGAGGUACUAUCCUGACGUUUUCCUCGAAAAGUUCUGAUCUAUAUGUCACUGUUGGAAGGAUACUAAGCUAUUUCAAGGCCAUUGCCAUAUGGGAAACAGACAGCUAGCAGCUACUACCUUUUCUGCAUUACUCUCUAUAGAUAAUCAGAUCCGUAAUCAAAUAUUCAACUCUUCUAACAAAUUCGACAACUGAUACAUACUCUCACAGUAGUGAAGAUAAAAAGUCUUACCUGGUCAUUCUUAUAAUCACUGCAACUUAGCCUACAUACACUAACACAUUCCUGUACUAAAAAACAGCUUCCCCAUAAAAGGCAUUGAAACAACAUAUCGAAAUCUGGUACUCAUUUUCCUAGUGCUCCUGCGGUGUUUUGAAAAUUAAUCGUUUGAACCUCCUAGAUCUUACCUAAGAGAACCACUCCUACGCAUCCAAGUGUUCCAAAUUGAUAUAUGACAAUAUCUACUUUCGAUCACGUGUCUCGGGGCGACUUAGACGGAUUGCGCGUCAUCUCGCCUUCCCAAAUUUUCUCCUUCUGCAGCUCGAAUCCAAAACAUCUAUCUAUAGUACCGAGUACGAGGGAAAGAUGUUUAACUCGGUGAAUCUGGGCAACUUCUGCUCCCAGACGCGCAAAGACCGGACAUCCGACUUUGGGGACAGAACGGGUUGCGCCUCCAAUAUCUACCUCCCAAGCUGCACAUACUAUGUCCCCGAAUUUUCUGCCGUCUCUUCGUUCCUUCCUCAGGCCCCUUCGCGGCAAAUCACCUACCCUUAUUCCACGAAUCUGUCUCAAGUACAGCCGGUACGUGAGGUUUCGUAUGGACUGGACCCUUCCAGCAAAUGGCACCACAGAAGCAACUAUGCAUCCUGCUACUCAGGAGAGGAUUUGGUGCACAGAGACUGUCUUCCGCCAUCCACCAUGACAGAAAUGCUCAUGAAAAACGAGAGUGUGUAUAGCCACCACCAACAUCACCCUAACUCCAACCACCCUGCGUCCGGGUUCUAUUCUGGAGUGGGGAAAAACAACGUUCUUCCGCAAGGCUUUGACCGUUUUUUCGAGACGGCAUAUUGUGGAGCGGACAGUCAGUCAGACAGUUGUUUACAAAAGACUGAACCGAGUAAAGUGGACUCGGCGCCCCAGCAGCCGGCCGCUGUAUCGGGUUCUCAAGAGCAGAAAAAGGACACUAACGAUGGAGAGGAACAUACAACUUCGAGCUCGUGUACCUCCUCAGCUACUAAGGACGGCAACGGCAACAAGAACAGUCACUCGAGUACCCCACGCACAAGGAAGAAGAGAUGCCCAUACUCCAAGUUUCAGAUUCGAGAACUGGAGCGAGAGUUUUUCUUUAACGUUUAUAUCAACAAGGAGAAAAGGCUCCAGCUAUCCAGGAUGUUAAAUCUCACAGAUAGACAAGUCAAAAUCUGGUUCCAGAAUCGGAGAAUGAAAGAAAAGAAGCUAAGCAGAGAUCGAUUGCAAUACUUCUCGGGAAAUCCCUUGUUAUAAUUGAACAUUUCGCUGGGUGUCAAUGUUCGUUACACCUAUUGUUACUGUGGUACAUAAUUAGGCCAUUUCACAUCAUGAACAACCCGAAAAUCAGUUUAAGUCAGCAUUUACAAUGGUAUCGUUCGUAGCAACAGCAAACGAAUGCGUUUAUUUGUCAGUAGCAUAAAAGCGUAGUUGCCCGUGAUUGCAUUGUAAGUGCAUUUAAAACGAUUUGCUGUUUGCUGUAAAAAAAGUCCUUUAUGUUCGGUUAUUGUCUAGCUCACUCAUGUCAUAUGUAAAUCCCAACUCCUCUAAAAUCUUUGUUUUAUUGUUCAUAGCACACCUAAUAUGUUAGUUACUUGUAUGCUACGAAACUGUCCUUUUAGGUUGUGGAAUAUUUGACAACCCUUGACUUUUAUGUGUAUGUGGUCAUUGUAUAUAUGUAACAUAAUCGCAGACACUCGAUUCGGACUUCGGACUUGAAUCUUUCAAAAAAAAAAAAUGCAAGUUUUUUACAUUUUAGCCAUCGAGAACUGUGACGUGUACAAUCUGUAAUAAUUUUUUCUUUGUACAGAGACUAUGCAAAGUGCAUUCGUGACUGUAAAUAUAAGUUUAUUUCGAA